AUGGAAGAUCCACGUCUUAAGAAAAAUGAACUUGAUACGAAGUUUGUCAUUGAAGAAAUGUAUGGUAAGAAAGGCGCAUACCCUAGUGGAGAAGGAGCAACGCUUGUACUGGGUAAGGUCGACAUUACACAUACUUUGACAACGCAGGUACCUUUAGGUUUGGAAUCCUCAGCUUCUAACCUCUUGCAACAUUGUCGUUGUUCUUCUACUCCUUCUACUUCUCCUGAUUCUGCUGAGGAGUCUUCUCUAGAAGAACUAUUUCGUAACCUCUCUUUGCAAGAUUCUCCUUGUUAUUCUACUCCUUCUUCUCCUGUUUCUACCGCCGAGGAUCCUUCUUACCUCUGUCUACAAGAGUCUCUUUGUCAUUCUACUUCUUCUACUCCUGUUUCUAUUGACGAGUAUCCUCCUUACUUCUUUCCGCAAGAUUCUCCGUGUUAUUCUACUCCUUCUCCUGUUUGUACUCUCACUGUUCCCUUCACCCGGAUCUUGAGAAACGAUCGUCAUUCGCAUGCAGAAAUAUCAUUUCUUCGAGAACUCGAACGGGAGGUCCAACGACUCGAACGGGAGGGCGGAAAAGUAGAAAAGAUCAACGUUGAACUGAUCCAGAACUACGCACCUUGUCAUGCGUGUGCGGAUGAAAUGAUUGAGUUCAAGGAAAAAAGGGAAAAAGAGGAAAAUAUGGUUUCAAUCAAAUUGACAUUUGCAAACUAUUACUUCUGGAUUGGAUAUCAUCAUACAAACGAGUUCGGUAAGAAGAACUUGAACAAAUUAAAAUAUAUGCAUGAAAAAGGCAUUGAUUUACAACUCCUUCAAGGAAAAGAGUCCUGGGAAACCCUGUUCGACGACAGUGAUCUAGUCGAUCUUAACGGUGAAGAAAAAGAAGAGCUUCUAAACAAGGCUACCUCAGACAACAGAAAAAAAAGGGAAGAGUAUGACCGGUACCUCCGCGACAAGGAAAAACUUUUUAAAUCAAGUUGUAGACGUUAG